AGACUCUACCGUUAGCGGUCAAAUCGGGUAUCCUUGAGAAUCCUAUUUGUGCGGAUCACAACAAAAUGCGCAGAUAAAAACAAAACUGAAUUGUUUGGUGACAUAAUUGUAUGUUGCAGUGUUGAAUUGAAGCAAACCAAAGUUCAAAAACCAGAAAAAAAACCAAAAGAAGUGAUUGAAAAAUCGAUUAUCGAGUUGAAGUGCCGUACUGAAAACUGGAGACCAGUGACACGAUCGAAACCCUCGGAUAGCGGAGUUAGUUUAGCCCCCCCGAAUUCGAGUCCCCGCACGUUGUACACCUGGUUUUUCUCGCUGGCAACGUAGUCGGCCAUUGAGUUGGCCGAUACCAAACGACCUUCAAAACGUUUUGCGUCGAGGCAAUACGCACCAUGGGCUGCGCACAGUCUGCCGAGGAGCGAGCCGCAGCCGCCAGGAGUCGCCUCAUCGAGCGCAAUCUCAAGGAGGACGGCAUACAGGCGGCAAAGGACAUCAAACUCCUGCUGCUGGGUGCCGGUGAGUCGGGAAAGAGCACAAUAGUCAAACAGAUGAAAAUCAUUCACGAGAGCGGCUUCACUGCGGAGGACUUUAAACAAUAUCGACCGGUUGUCUACAGCAACACAAUACAAUCAUUAGUUGCAAUAUUGCGCGCGAUGCCAACCCUAAGUAUUCAGUACAGCAAUAACGAGCGGGAGACCGAUGCCAAGAUGGUGUUCGACGUGUGCCAACGCAUGCACGACACCGAGCCCUUCUCGGAGGAGCUGCUGGCCGCCAUGAAACGCCUCUGGCAGGACGCCGGUGUCCAGGAGUGCUUCUCGCGCAGCAACGAAUACCAACUAAACGAUUCCGCAAAAUAUUUCCUGGACGAUUUGGAUCGGUUAGGCGCCAAGGAUUACCAGCCAACUGAACAGGAUAUCUUGCGCACUCGCGUCAAGACCACUGGCAUCGUUGAGGUUCACUUCUCCUUCAAAAACCUCAACUUUAAAUUGUUUGACGUGGGCGGACAGCGCUCGGAGCGUAAGAAAUGGAUACACUGCUUCGAAGAUGUCACGGCGAUCAUUUUCUGCGUGGCCAUGUCCGAGUACGAUCAAGUCUUGCAUGAGGAUGAAACCACGAACCGCAUGCAAGAGUCGCUGAAACUGUUUGACUCGAUCUGUAACAACAAAUGGUUCACGGACACCUCGAUUAUUCUGUUCCUGAACAAGAAGGAUUUGUUCGAGGAGAAGAUUCGCAAGAGUCCCCUGACGAUUUGCUUCCCCGAAUACACAGGUGGACAGGAGUACGGCGAGGCGGCUGCUUACAUUCAGGCUCAAUUUGAAGCGAAAAACAAAUCAACCUCAAAAGAAAUCUACUGCCACAUGACGUGUGCCACAGAUACCAAUAACAUUCAGUUUGUAUUCGAUGCUGUCACCGAUGUCAUCAUAGCAAACAACCUGCGCGGCUGUGGACUGUACUAAGAUGGAUUCCAGGCCGGAUCCCGACGAUGUCGACGUCCGAGUCGAUGUUGAUGAUGAUGACGAUUAUGUGGAGCAGAAUGGGGGCGUUAGCAGGGAACACCGUAACGGUAUUAAAGAGCAGCGCGGGAGCACAACAACCCACCAGCAUUGAUCAAAAACCAAACAAUUUAGGAGCAGAUGAUAGAACCAACCAACCAACCAACCGCAACCACAGAAAACAUAGGACACUGAACAAGCAAAGCCCAAAGAACUUUUAUUUGUUUAACAAAAAAACGGCGGACGGACGGAAAUCCCGAAUGUAUGUUAUAGGGGAAAUGAGCGACAAGUACAUUACAUAAUAUCGAUAAUAUUGAAGCAGAUGCAGAUGCAACUACACACAAUGCUAAUGAUGAUCAGGGCGACAAUGACAAAAUGAGGCAGCAGGCAACUGACACAUGGACACGCGAUUAAAGUCACAUCUGAAUAAAAAGGCAGUUGAUUGAAAGGCAUUUCCUAUAUACAAACAUAUACAAACACAUACAUAUGCAUUAUGCAAAGCCACAUGUACGACAUGACACUAACACACUCACACGACAAACACAAGCGCCACCAUUGCAUACAGUUGUUGUUUGGUCUGAAUAAUUUUUAUAGAAUUUCAUAAUUUAUGUGUAGUUUAGUUUCCUCAUGUAUUUAUUA